AUAUCUUUUUGCAGAAAGGUAUUUUUAGUGUUAAGUAGCUAAUUUGAUCUAUUAAUCGGUUCAAAACCAGGUCAACAAACUCUUUUUUAUAAUUAUAAUUCCGGUGCAUUGGUGUAUCCAAAGCAAUGACUAUUAUUACAAUUUAUAUUUACCGACGUUCCUACAUAAUCACAAAUAUGUGAGAAUUCCGACUCUUAACCGUGGCAUGUAAAAUAUCCAUAGAAAACUAUAAAAGCAGGUAUGGAUUUUGUGCCGUCACUUAAAAGUAUAGCAAAGACUCAGCAGGGACUAUGUUUCUGAAAGUGUUUCUUUUUAUUUUCGCUCAAACGGUUUGCCAAAGUCUGGCUUUACUUCGAAAUGACCGCAAUAUAGUAUUGUUUAAACAUAUUUAUCUAAGAAGCCUUACACUCGAAACAAUCGAGCAAAAGAUAGAUCAUUUUAAUGAAAGUGAUCAUCGGACUUUCCGAUCGGGAUAUUACACCAACAUGCAUUUAUUUAAACCAGGUGGUCCUAUUAUCUUGAACAUCGGUGGUGAAGGUGCAAUAUCCCCUCGCGAAGUUGAGUCUACUGCAGCACGAGGAUAUGAAUUACUCGCUGAUACAAAUCCAGCGUAUUAUGUAUUUGAACAUAGGUAUUACGGAGAAAGCAAACCGUUUGAAAAUCCAACAGUAGACGAUCUAAAAUAUCUGUCUUCCAAACUAGCAUUAGCAGACGUAGCACAUAUGAUACGGACAAUCAAAGGCUCGGGGGAAUUCAAUAACUCUAAAGUUAUAGUCGUGGGCGGUUCUUACGCCGGUAAUUUAGCAGCUUGGAUGAAGGUGCUGUACCCAGACUUGGUUGACGCGGCGUAUGCCAGUAGCGGACCAGUGCUGGCGAAGAAAAAUUUUUUCGAGUACUUCGAAGUCGUUACAGAAACAAUCAAAACGUACGGCUCUCAAGACUGCGUUCAUGAAAUAAGUGCUAAGUUCAAUAGGACUCAAGAAUUAUUGCAAAGUCCUGAAGGAAUCAAAGAGAUCAAGGCUGAACAUUCCAUUUGUCCUGAAACAGAUAUGACCGUUCCCGAAAAUCAGCAACUUUUGUUUUUGCUAUUAAUUCAAAAGUUUGCAGUUGACGUACAAUAUGGUGACCCUGAAAUUAUUAAAGACUUGUGCCAAGAGCCAAUAUUGUCUUUACCUCUGUGGUAUGAUGAAGACGAUGAAACAAACUGUCGUGACCUUAAUUACAAUACGCGUAUACACAAAAUAUACGAAGACUACUCAUCCUCAUGGCUUUGGUUGUACCAAACCUGCACAGAAUUUGGGUAUUUUCAAACUACAACGUCAAACAAUCAGAUGUUUGGAAAAAGUACUAUUCCUCUAGAAUUUUAUUUGAAAACCUGUAAAGUAAUAUUUGGGGAUGAGUUUGACGAGCAAAGAAUCGAUCAAGGAGUAAGUAAUACAAACACAAUGUAUGGAGGCUUAACACCAAAUGUGGAAAACACAGUUUUUGUGAACGGCGACAUGGAUCCGUGGCACAAGCUCGGAGUGCUGCACGAGCUGGCGCCCGCAGCCCCGGCCGUGUACAUCAUGGGCUCGUCACAUUGCCAUGACAUUACUGCAGACCCCGACGAUGAUGGAAAUGUAAAAGAAGCGAGAGUUAAAAUUGAAAAUUAUUUGAAAAAAUGGAUUGGAGCCUGAGGAAUCCUAAAACGCUCAUAUUAAAUAAAGUAAUUCUUCUAAAUUUUAUUUUUGCUUUAUUUAGGAGCGA